UUUUCCUAAAGUUUUAUGGGAUCAGAUCCGUAUAGCAUCAGAAUCCUUAAAAAAAUCGAGCAUAACCCAACUAUAUAUAUAUAUAUAUAUAUAUAAAUAAACACAGUGUUUUGAGUAAAAGUUAACACCGAUACAAAAAUGGCUGCCCCAAGCGUAACGCAAACAGUCGGAGACCUAAACAAGGAUUCCUUCGUAACCCUCUUAUCCAAACUGAUCGGCGAGUCUAAGCACGUGCAGAACAACCCCCCAGACCUCAUCCCGGAGGAGGACAGAAUCGUCGGACAUGUGCUCGACCACCUCCGCCCAUUCAGCACCGCCACCGGCGGCGGCCCACUCAUCAUCAACCACGUCACCUACAAGCCCAAGAGGGGGAAUCUCAUCGUCGAGUACCCCGGAACUCAGCCCGGCAAAAUCUUGUCGUUCGUCGGCAUGCAUAUGGAUGUUGUAACCGCCAAUCCUUCUGAUUGGGAUUUUGAUCCGUUUAUCAUGAGCAUAGAAGGGGACAAGCUAAGAGGGCGCGGAACAACCGAUUGUUUAGGGCAUGUUGCCCUUGUAGCUGAACUAAUGAAGAGGCUCGGUGAAACGAAGCCUCAAUUGAAGUCAACUGUAGUUGCUGUGUUUAUUGCCAGUGAAGAGAAUUCUUCUAUCCCUGGAGUAGGUGUAGAUGCCUUAGUGAAGGAUGGAUUGCUCGAUAAAUUGAAGCAGGGACCUCUGUUUUGGAUUGAUACAGCUGAUAAACAGCCUUGCAUUGGUACUGGUGGUAUGAUACCAUGGAAACUUGAGGUUUUCGGAAAGCUUUUUCACAGUGGUCUGGCCCACAAGGCUAUAAACCCGUUGGAGCUAGCUAUGGAAGCUCUAAAAGUGAUCCAGUUACGUUUUUACAAAGACUUUCCGCCCCACCCAAAAGAACAAGUUUAUGGAUUUGCAACACCGUCGACUAUGAAACCGACUCAGUGGAGUUAUCCCGGAGGUGGAAUUAACCAAAUCCCAGCUGAUUGUACCGUUUGCGGAGAUGUUAGGUUGACUCCGUUUUACGACGUAAACGAUGUAAUAAAGAAGCUUCAAGAAUAUGUUGAAGAGUUGAAUGCCAACAUAGAGAAUGUAGAUACACGUGGGCCCGUAUCAAAAUACGUUCUACCCGACGAGAACCUCAGGGGAAGGUUGAGUAUUACAUUUGACGAAGCACUAUCUGGUGUGGCUUGUAACCUCGACUCUCGUGGUUACCAUGUGUUGUGCAAAGCUACUAAAGAUGUGGUUGGGCAUGUUCAACCCUAUUCUAUCACUGGUAGUUUGCCCCUCAUACGUGAAUUGCAGGACGAGGGUUUUGACGUGCAGACUUGUGGCUAUGGAUUAAUGGCUACAUAUCAUGCGAAGAACGAGUAUUGCCUUCUCUCUGAUAUGUGCCAAGGCUAUGGUGUCUUCGUUAGUAUCAUUUCCCAGUUGGAAGAUUGACUCAAGACACCACCAUUAAUGUAUGUCGAAGCCUUGUUUAUGGUAUAAUAUGCAACUAGCUAUAUUGUCUGUGAUUCGGAGGUCUCACGUUUUCUGAUUUCUCAUCCUUUUAAUUUUACAUAUUUGCCCCUUAAAUUAUACUCCGAUUUGUACACACCACUUGAUCAAAAACAAUUGACAUUGUCUUUUUUUUUUUUUUUUUUUUUUUUUUCUUUUUUCCCUCGACUCAAUAAGUUGUUGCAAUUUGCCCAGGGGAACUUUUUAUUUUUGUUUAAAAUUCGCCCGGAAUCUUGACCACGUGCCUCCAGCAUGAUUUUCCGAUGGCGAAGUUGUCGGUUCUCAUGCUCAAGCUGUUUUUCUUUCUU